GUCCUAUCCUCGUCGAAACCUUCACCGGUCAUCUUCUCUUUUUCUUGCUGGCCAAUUGCUAGAGCCAGAGCAGCUUUUUGGUGAAACAGCUUGUGCAUGCCGCAUCUAUAGUCGGUUUGCGCGUGAUAUGUCUGGUUAUGCUCGGCUUCCUCCUGGACUCCUCGACCUCGUUUUACAACGUGUAUUUGCACCUACAGUUCCUCGUGCAGUGACUGGAAACUCCAUACGGCGCUCGAUUGCUCGCCGGCAUUCGCAUGCUGUUGCUUAUAAGAGAGUCGCAACGCACGACUCGAACGUACCAGACCAAUCGCUUUAUUCUCUGAAGACGCAGACACAACCGCACUACGCGGAGGAAGAAGUGGACAUAUCCUUAUUUGAGGAUAAGCAUACGACUGCCGGCUUGUCAGAACUCGAGAAGCGCGUCAACGCCCUAAAGAAUGUUACUACCUUCCAGGAAUCGUUGGAAGAUAACUCAUACUCUGAGGAAGAGCUGUUAUUUCUCUACGAAGACCUCUUAGCCACACCAGCCGACGAAUCUUCUUCUGACAAGCCAGAUACGGUCUUCACCGAAGAGCAUGAUGUCCUUCAUCUCAACUCCGUAGCCCAUCGGAUUCUCAGCAUAGAAAACAGUGACGAGCUCUCAACAUUGAGCGACACCCUAUCCUCGCGCCUUCGGCUGCUGCGUGUCGAAGAUGCCGAGUUAGAGUCCUUUCCAUCAACCGACAUUUCCAAAGAUACUCCUGCCACAACAUCCCACCGAUUUCUCGUAUCGAGACUGCAACAACUCGUCGCAGAGAUACAAGGUCUGCAUUCGUCAAGUAGCACCAGCGAACCCCAACUUCCCCUUGGUCUCCUCACUCCCAUCGAAUGGGGCGCAUUAGCUCGUUACUGUGCUCGAGUCAACGAUUCUCAAUCAUUAGAAGUCGUGCUCGAUCUCAUGAAGCAAUCCGCGGUUCCUAUUUCUGAAGAGAUGCUCAGUAGCGUUGUUGAUAUACUCGCGGAUGCCGGUGACGUGAACGCGGUGGAGUCCACCCUCUCAUGGAAUCAAAACGAAGGUAUCUGCGAACGCCUACGAGAUUUGCAUAUAAAAGCGUACUUGCGCAACGAAACCUCGGCAGCCUUUCCCGGAAAAGCCCUCAAGAUGCUUCACGAAUACGAAAACCGUGCACUGCCCGCACCUCAACGGACGUACACCCGUCUCAUCACGCACCUCUUCCACCUCCGCGACUCCACAGCUCACGCCCACGCAUGGGACCUCUUUGCACACAUGCGUUACGCCGCACAUCCCUUCCCCGAUGCAGUCACCUAUACGCUCAUGAUCCGAGCGUGCGCGACGCCUUCGUUCGCUCACGGCGUCGAGACAGAACGCGCAUUAGACUUAUUCACAGAGAUGACGGUGGACCACGAAAUCCCACCUACCGCUGGCGCAUAUACUGCAGCAAUCCUUGCUUGCGCGCGUUCUAGCGAUAGGAAAUAUAUCCACGAGGCUUUCAGGUUGGCUAGGGAGAUGCUGGACGCGCAUCGGGAUGCGAGGGGUCAGUCGGCGUAUGCACCGGAUAGGCGACUCUUCGUGGCGUUGUUGGAGGGUUCGAAGAGGGUUGGUGAUUUGAGUAGGGCGAGGUGGAUAUUGGCUGAGAUGGUCAAAGCGAGUAUGGAGAGUCCAGAUGGAGAUGUCUAUGUUGACGAGGAGGUGAUGAUGCAUGUGCUGAAUGCGUAUGCGGCGUACCGUCCGCCGUUCAAGCGUUCGGAGACUCUCGUCAAGGACAGUGAUGUUUCUGAACAAACAGGAUCAUCCUCAACCGCAUCGACAACUGAAGAACCCGGGCCCGUCACCGAGAGUCCUGACGGUACACCUUACACGAACCUCCCGCCACAGAGUCGCGCGGAAGUUGUUGCAGAAGUCGAAGCUCUGAUGUCUCGUAUCAUCAUGGACAACAAGGCAUCGACUGAAGAGACUCCAAGUCUACGAUUCCGAAACGUCCAACUGACACCUCGCUUGCUUAACGCCUAUCUUUCCGUACUAUACAUCCAUUCACCAUUCGAGACCUGGUCUGAACGAUACAACACUAUAUUCUCGGAACUCGGGAUUCCAAGGAACGCAUGGUCGUUCAUACAUGUUCUCGAACGGUGUGCUCGCACACGGAAAGGUCCAGAACGAAGAUUAGCAUUGCAGUUUGCCGAAGACGUAUGGAAGGAGUGGGAGGCGAUUGAGUCUUCGUGGAGGUUGCGGGAGCCAGGUUCAGUGCCACUAACCGCAAGACAAGUGGAAAGAGCGAACGCUGCUAUGAUUCGGAUGUUAUCAAUGCGAGUUUAUCAAUACCCUCUCUCACCCAUUCAUCACGCUAAUUUUGAAAUCUCAUCUCAGAACUGCCCAUCUGGAUCGUGCUGUUGAUCACGUUCGGUCUUUCGUUCAACAUUAUUCACCUAUCGCUAUCCGAGAUCCUCGACCGAAGAGCGAGCUACGCUCAACGAGAGUCUCUUUAACUGCCGCCCGUCCCUUAGUUCGACUAACAUGCGAGGUAGACAUCCCGGACGAUACAGUCCCUCCUCUUCUCACCUUUCCCGAAGUGGACAUCCUUCAUCACAGGCUUGUCGCAGCUAACAAGGUUGAAGGUAUCCGGUACCUGAAAUGGGUGUGCAAGUCGUAUGAAGGGUCCUUACGGAUACGACGCGAGCGCACUCUCCACUCGGAACCAAAAACUGGAGACCUCAGUGAAGAGAGGGACGGGGAGACCGUGCAAAAUUAGUUGUAAGGGAUGGAUUGGGAUAUGUUUACUGAACAGCAUCUUCAUAAUAAUGUACGGUAGUUUAAUGUCUAGAGCUUUGCAUUUAGGACGUCAUAGCAUUCUCCACUCUGUCGAUAUAACAUUCAUACCUCAUGAAACUCGAGAUCCAGUGGCGAUCAUGCAUGAGACAAUUAUAAAGGGGCAUCUAGGAAUCCGGUCGUGGUAUGAAAUAAAUACAUGCAAUGUUAUUAAAUGUCUACAGU